AAGUUGACCAAAUCUCUGACACUACACCUCUGCCCCUUGAUAAAGGAAAAAAUAAAAAAACUGUAACAGUCACUGAAACUACAACUAACAACAAAAAAGAUGAAAUAAACGUCAACUGUCCCUCUAACACGUCUGAAAAUACUAUUAAUACUAUUUUAGUUGCGAUUGCUACGCCACUCCUCA